AUGCGGACGGCUGAGGACCACGAUCUUUGGUACAAGAACUCCAGCCCCGGCUCCAACCCGGUUGAACUGCUGGUCAAGUCGACUCCAGCACCAGCUCCAAGCCCGAUCGAAGUGCUGGGCAAGUCCAUUUUUGGUAAAAGUACUCUAGACAGUGACACGCCGUGCGCUGAACAGCGACAUCAAAACGGAUGCCGAAACUGUGCGUACCAUCAUGGAAGACCAAACCAAGGCGCAGCAGCAAAUGUUCACCGAGUUGAUGAAGCGCAUGAAAAAGAUGGCCUCCGCUUCACACCCAGCCGUUCCAAGCCGUUGCGUUCGUGCCCUUUGCAAGAUAGAGGACAACCUUCAAACCAGCUAAAGGAGCUUGCUGCUGAAGUUCAGCACUUUCUCGUCAUUCGUCAGGAUGCCGCACUUCAACGUCGUGGAUUCGCAAAAGAGUCAAAAUCGUGA